AUGGCUACCUCCUAUCCAUAUCUACUGGACAGUAUCUUGGCACUGACCGCACUUCACCUGGCUUCAGUUGAAACUGAUAACCGUCAAUCAUGGCUGGAAGCUGCAAUGCGCUACCAAAGCCAAACUUGUGCGGGGUUGGGGAAAGUUCUUCCAGAGAUCACUCAGCAGCAGUAUGAACCGGCUUUUGCGGCUUCCGUGUUCAUUAUGUUAUCCGUGCAAGGGUUUCCUGUCAUAUCAAAUGAUUCACAAACUGUGGACGCGUUUUCGAGAGUGCUGGAGGUUCGCACUUUGCUUUCAGGGAGCGCUGUGUUUUUCACAAAACUCACCGAGCUUGGAAUCCAAGGAGAGCUUAAUGGGUGGCUUUGCAUACCCAAUACAGAGGAAAAUUUUGAACACCCAUCGCCUAGCAGUGAGGAACAAUCUGAAGACCGCGAACAAUUAUUUGACCUACACAAGAAAUUAAUGGAAUCUCUCAACCAGCUGGGAUCCAUCAUCGAAACAACUACAUCUCCCCACGGAGCAAUAUACAAAGUUACAUGGCAGUUUCUUCACCGGGCAAUCGGACCCUGGCCGUUGAUAGGGGACUAUGGUGGAAUUAUCGCCUUCCCUCUUUUCAUCACCGAUGAAUUUAUAGCACUGGUCCAGGACGGAGACUGGGUGGCCCGUAUCCUGUUUUUGUACUAUGCAACUGCCAUGCGCCUCAUGUGCCAUCGCUGGUAUGUUCGAGAUUGGGGUCGACGGCUCGUGCUUGCAACUUUACGACCGCUGGAAGAGAUUCCAAUGAUGUGGAAAGAUACUAUUUCAUGGAUGAGGCAAGGGAUUGAAGUUGAUCAAGGGUCCCUAAAAGUGCAGUAA